AGCCCAGCUGCACUUGGGGGAGAGAUAAGCUGGGCUUGGGGCCUCCCACUGAGAUGCUAGGCCCCCGAGUCUGGGCCUCUGUAAGGCCAGAGCUGAGCAAGGCUUUAUCCAAGAAAAUGAGGGGCUGGGCCUCAGGGGAGGGGAGGAAGAUAGAUAUCGCUGGCAUCUACCCUCCCGUGACCACCCCCUUCACAGCCACUGCCGAGGUGGACUAUGGGAAGCUGGAGGAGAAUCUCCAUAAGCUGGGCACUUUCCCAUUCCGAGGUUUUGUGGUCCAAGGCUCCAAUGGCGAGUUCCCUUUCCUGACCAGCAGUGAGCGCCUGCAGGUGGUGAGCUGUGUGCGCCAGGCCAUGCCCAAGGACAAGCUCUUGCUAGCAGGCUCUGGCUGCGAGUCCACCCAAGCUACAGUGGAGAUGACCCUGAGUAUGGCCCAGGUUGGGGCCGAUGCUGUCAUGGUGGUGACCCCUUGCUACUACCGAGGCCGUAUGAGCAGCGCCGCCCUCAUUCACCACUACACCAAGGUGGCUGACCUCUCCCCAAUCCCUGUGGUGCUGUACAGUGUACCCGCCAACACGGGACUGGACUUGCCUGUGGACGCCGUGGUCACGCUUUCCCAGCACCCCAACAUCGUGGGCAUCAAGGACAGUGGUGGAGAUGUGACCAGGCUGGGACUGAUUGUUCACAAGACCAGGAGGCAGGACUUCCAGGUGCUGGCUGGAUCUGCUGGCUUCCUGCUGGCUGCCUAUGCUCUAGGUGCUGUGGGGGGCGUGUGUGCCCUGGCCAAUGUCCUGGGGGCUCAGGUGUGCCAGCUGGAGCGGCUGUGCCUCACAGGGCAGUGGGAAGAUGCCCAGAAGCUGCAGCACCGCCUCCUGGAGCCAAACACUGCGGUGACCCGGCGUUUCGGGAUCCCAGGGCUGAAGAAAACCAUGGACUGGUUUGGCUACUAUGGCGGUCCCUGCCGGGCUCCCUUACAAGAGCUGAGCCCGACUGACGAGGAGGCACUGCGUCUUGAUUUCACCACCAAUGGCUGGCUCUAAGGAUGUGGAGGGGGCUUGCUUGUCCUGAGCUAGUCCAGCCUCCUGCCCUGUAUCUGCCUUCAGAAGAGCAGCAUGGGGGGGUGGGGUGGUGGCAUAAGGGCUUGAGGCUCCUUCUCUCUGUAGUCCUUCUACAGUCUCUCAGCGGGUGCUGCCUUUACAUGCUCAUUCCUCCCCUCACAGGCUAAGAUGUCUCUCCUUUGUGUCAACUCUGGGUCUCCAGAUGUUUGGCCUGGAAAGGAGUCCUUUCUUAUUUGUUCCUUGUGUUUUUCUGUGCCCCAAGAUACUCAAGCCAGAGGGGAAGGGCGGGUGGGGGGUCAUAGUAAGGACAUGUAUUUCACUCAAUGGGAGACAACAUAGACUUGGGGAUGCACACCGUUGUCUAGCACAGGGCAGCUGAAAGCCAGAUAGCUACUCAGGACCCACUUUCUGACUCCUUCCAGGCAGAGGGGGAGGAGCAGAAACCUGACAAGAGAAGGGUCACGGUGUUGGAAAAGUUCCCUAGCUUUUCAGCCUUGGCGCUCUCCCCUCCAUCUUUUUUGAUUCAUCUCAUAUUCUUGUCUCUACCCUUGGUCUCAGCCGUGCAAUGCACACACAGCUCAGUGGCUUGCUGGGACUGGUGAAUACCACCACCUGGUGGAUCUGUGUUACAUUCAGAAGACUACCCCAGACAUGCUAGACCUGAAGCAGUAGGAGAAGGGACCUGAUCUGAGAUAGGACCAACAUUUUAACCCUCACAUAGUCACUCUGCUUUUAUUGUCAGAAAUAGUCCCUUUGUGGGUGGGGGAGAUAGCAUAAUGGUUAUGCAAAUAGUCCCUUUGUUACCACAGUAAAGUUUAAUAAGUUAAACCAGUGUGGCUCUGCACAGACUGAGACCCUCACUGUGCUCGGGUCCCAGAUGUCCUGUCCAGAAGUCACGAGCCUUCCUGGAGGCAAGGUAGCUUUUCAUAGUUCUGAGACAGGCCCUACACUACUGAGCAAACACAGGCAUUUGCUUAGCAGUGACCUUGGGGGAAAACUUACUGAGACUUUAAAUGGGAGUAGUAUGUGACAGAAAGGUUCAAAUAAGAUAUUUAGAAAUAGGGGUGAAGAAAUAGCCUGCCUGGUGGAGUUUUUGUUUUUGUCUUGGAGGUGGAACAGUGGAUAAAGUAUUAGAUUAGAAAACAUGGGGUCAUGGUCUGGGAUGUGGUGCAGUGGAUAAAGCAUUGGAUUCUCAACCAUGAGGUUCCAAGUUCAAUUCCCGGCAACACAUGUACCAGAGUGAUAGCUGGUUAUUUCUCUCUUUCUUUCUCAUGAAUAAAUACAUAAAUUCUUUUUUAAAAAAAUAUUUAUUUAUUAGUGAGAUAUAAAGAGAGAGAGAAAGAACCAGACAUUCUGGUACAUGUGCUGCCAGGGAUUGAACUCAGGACCUCAUGCUUGAGAGUCCAACAUUUUAUCCAUUGUGCCACCUCCUGGACCACCAUAAAUUCUUUUAAAAACAAGUAAGAAAUAAUGGGAUCUGGCUUUGGAGACAGCAUAAUGUGUUGGUAAGCUUCUUCUAUGUCCCCUCGCCUGCAGGCUCUGUCCACAGAGGGAGGAACCCCCCGUUACUAGGUCCUGCCCACAGAGGCAGGAAACACCCUAUGAGGCAUGAAACACCCCCAGAGGAAAGAGAUGCCCCCAGAGGCAAGAAAUGCCCGUUCGCCUGAUAGGCCUUGCCCUUUGAGGCAUGAAAUGCCCCCUCAGGCCUCCCCUUGGCAUCACACUGGUUCUUGCUGCUCUCUUACUUGUUCCUCCAUGUCUUCUGCCAGUUCUUUUGAAAAUGCCUGUAUGAUACAGGUUUCUGUUCACCCCACACUCCUGAUACUAUGGCCAUUAGUUAAAAAGAAAGGGGGAAUUGUUGGUAUGCUUCUAAAUUCUGCUUAUAAGACCUGUUUUGAUCAUCACAUUAGGCGUGUAUUACUUAGGAUGUGGUCUAUUUACAUAAUCACUGUUUUACCUGGGUCCUGCCCUGCCUGCAGGGUAUUGGUUUAAUCCCCACUGGUUAGAUGGAAGCUUUCUAUGUUCUGUUUGUGCUCUUUUUUUGCUCCGCCCCCUCUCCUAGUCAUUUCCUUUCCCUUGUCACUUCUGGUGAAGAGAUGCAUAAAAGGCGAUGUAUCUGAUUAAUAAACGAGAUACUGCUUCCCA